UUCAGAGUACACGCCUAUUUUUGGUUUGCUUUUUCAAUUUUCCCCAAAAACUUUCUCUUUCUUCAAACUUGAACAAAAAAAUCCCCUAAAUUCUCUCGAUCUGGUCAGAAUCUUCUCUCUUCCAGUCACUUUAUUGCACUUUCCUCUCUUCAUUUCUCCACCAAAUUCGUCUAUUUUUUGCACAUCUGUUUGUAAUUUUUGUUGAAUUUUUCUGGGUUAACCCGACCCGAAUUGUCUGUGCAUGCAAAGUUUGAUUUGGAGAAAUCUAUGAAUUUGGAAGAAUUAGUGUUUGGAUGUGAUCUGUUGUGGAAGGAUUCGUGUAAAUGCUUGUGGGAGGGGAUCUAGGGUUUCUAUCGAGCUUGGUGGUGGCGGCGUUUGUGGCGGUUUUCGGGCCGGUUUUAGGUUUUGUGGUGAGACGGAAAUGGAGGAGGUCGGUGGCGAGAAGGGAGGAGAUCAAGAGGCUUUUGGUUUUGGCUUCGGAAGAGGCAGCCAGAGUUGAGCUACAAGCCGCUGAGGAAUAUGGGUAUGCGUACGGGUAUAGUUAUGGAUAUGGAAAUGAUUAUCUGAAGGAUGAUGAUAACCACGUGUUUGUUGAAACGCCGGCACCGGCAUCACUAGCAGAGCCAUCAGUACCUGUAUCGGUAUCAUCAGCAACUACCACUUCAGCAUCAUCGUAUUCGGGUUCUUCACGGCAAUUGCAGUACCAAUGUGCGGUUUGUUCUUCUCCGACCUCUACUCGGUGCUCCCAAUGUAAAGCAGUUCGCUACUGCUCUGGCAAAUGUCAAAUCCUUCAUUGGAGACAAGGUCACAAGGAUGAAUGUCGUCCAGUUAGCAACUUGGAUCACCGCAAUGAUGUUGAGGUGAAAUCCCAUCUGAAGACAUAUAAGCAGGAUUCAAAUGGAAGUCAUCUUAAGAGCACUGAGGUUGAAGGGAGACAUUCUUCAGGAUCAGCCGAUGGUUCCCCAGAAGAAGCUGCACUUUUGAGAUCCAAACACACUACUACAUCUGAUGGAAAGCAUGACACAGUUGGACAGAGUCCGACAGAAACAAAAAGCCCCAAUUUGAACUCUAGUUUCGUGCCUCAUUCAUCUUCAUGUGAACAUUUGGACCUCACUACAUCAAGUGGAUCUUCUGUUGAUCAUUCUUCAUCUGAUUCAAGUGACUCUGAUGCUUCCGACUGUCAUAGGUCUGGUGUCAUUGAUAAAGUUAAGAUUCAGACUGAUCAUUCCAAGGUAGACAGAUUGAAGCCAUCCUACACAGAGCAACCCCAACUGGUACGCACUGCAGAUAAUAAUCACGCCAAGCGUAGCAUUCACGGGGACACUGGGUCUAAAUAUUGGACUUCAACAAGUACAAGUAAUGAUGACUCCAGUGAAUCUUCAUUGACAGAGUCUUCUACAUCCUCAUCUGGUUUCUGGGAAGGAUCAGUUCCUUAUACUAGAUCUAGGAUUGGUUCACUUGAUAAUAUUGCAGAUUCUACUAUCAGAAAUGCUUGCGAGAUCAAGAUUUCAGAUUCUCAAUCAAUUUCAUGUCGGCCCGCAGAAAUUGCUAGACUUCCGAUUUCUGGGGUCGGCGAACAAGGAUCCAACUCAAAGAAGGAUCUGGAAAAUCCAAAGCCAAUUAUCGUGGAAGUGCUGAAACCAGUCAAUCAAGCUGAACCAAGAUUUGAAGUUAAAGAUGGGACAGAAAGUAGGAGGUCAUCAGCUUCACGGUCUGUAAAUUCGGAUCAGCUUGAUGUGCAUGACUCUCGUGAUAAAUGCACGCUGACUUCUAAGGAAGGUAGAUACUCCUCAUCUAAUGCUUCUGCUAAUCUUAAGAAUCAUGAUGUGUUAAAAGCUAGUAACUUGCCAUCCUCAAGCCCCAACAAAUCAUAUCCUGGCAUUGAAGGCCCAGCCAGUCUUUUACAAAUUCCAAAAGAUAGACAAAAAGAACCUUCUCCUGCCAAAAUUUGUGAUAAUAUCGCUUCUAGCAAUGGGAGGCAUGAUAUCCAAAAUGUGAAGUCAGCAAAGAUUGAUAACAUUCAAGUGGCUAGUUCCUGUUCUGCAGAGCCUAGUGCUCCUUUACCAAAUCCAAGGAAUGGCUUGAAGUCAUCAGUUUUGAAAGUUGUUGACCAGUUCAGGGGUUCAAAGAUGACACGGCUCAGUUCUCCAGGGGAGGAGUGUGAGGUCAUUGGAAGAUAUGGUAGCAAGGGUCUUUUUCCAUAUGAAAAUUUUGUGAAGCUUCAUAACUGGAAGAAUGAAUUGCGACCAUUUGGCCUUGUAAAUUGUGGUAACAGCUGCUACGCUAAUGCCGUCCUUCAGUGCCUGGCAUUUACACCACCGCUUACUUCCUAUUUUCUUCAAGGGCUUCACUCUAAGACUUGUCAAAAGAAAGGGUGGUGCUUCACGUGCGAAUUCGAAAGUCUAGUUCUAAAAGCAAAAGAUGGGAACUCUCCCCUAUCUCCUAGUAGUAUAAUUUCCCAUCUCGAAAGCAUCGGGAGCAAUCUUGGUAAUGGUAGAGAAGAAGAUGCUCAUGAAUUUCUUAGGUAUGUUAUCGACACGAUGCAAUCCAUUUGCUUAAAGGAAGCUGGGGUUACUGCACCCGGCUCUUUUGAAGAAGAAACGAGUCUCGUGGGGCUUACAUUUGGGGGCUAUCUUCGUUCGAAGAUCGAGUGCAUGAGGUGCGGGGGCAAAUCUGAGAGGCAAGAGAGAAUGAUGGAUCUUACUGUUGAAAUAGAUGGGGAUAUAGGCACCUUGGAGGAAGCUUUAAAACAAUUUACUCAUACUGAGACUCUAGAUGGUGAAAACAAGUACCGCUGUGGCAGAUGUAAAUCGUAUGAGAAGGCCAAGAAAAAGUUGAAAGUGCUGGAGGCUCCUAAUGUCCUCACUAUUGCAUUAAAGAGAUUUCAGUCAGGUAAAUUUGGGAAGCUAAACAAGACGAUCAAAUUCCCAGAGAUUCUGAACCUGGCACCAUAUAUGAGUGGGACAAGUGAUAAAUCACCAGUUUACCAGCUUUAUGGAGUUGUGGUUCACCUGGACAUAAUGAAUGCUGCAUUUUCUGGUCACUAUGUGUGUUAUGUGAGGAACUUUCAGAAUAAGUGGUAUAAAGUUGAUGAUAGCUCGGUGAAACCUGUGGAACUUGAAAGAGUCUUGUCGAAGGGAGCGUACAUGCUUCUUUAUUCAAGGUGCUCGCCCCGAGCCCCGAGGAUAAUGAGGAGUUUGACUAUUCCUCGUGAUCCAAGGGGAUUAAAGCAACUGACUUGUAAAUCAAGAUCCCAUACAAGGAGUCCAUGGGACUCUUCUCAUGGCGAGUCAACUAAUCAAACAUGCAACGAAUGUUCUUAUCCUAGUCAUACAAAUGUCAGGCCGAUCAGGUCAAUAUUUGAGGAUGACUCUUCGAGUGAACAGUCAUCUUUCUUCUCUGAGCCUGGUUCUUGCAGCACAGACAGCACUAACAGGGAUUCGACGAGCACAGAUGACUUAAAUAUUGAUAUAUUUGGCGAGUCUGGAGUCUCUUGGAAUAAUCUCUGGAGGAAUUCAUCUGAUUCUGACACAUCCUCAUCCUCUUCUCCUUCCCCUUUGUACUCAAGGCAUUCACCCCUUGCUGAUUUGGACCGUUAUGCUUCUGCGCAUGAAGAGACCUGUAGCAGUUGCAGUGGCGAUGCAGAAGCAGCUGGGGACGGUCAAGGUUUUUGGACGGGGUUGCCUGAUCGUAAUGGUUAUGCUGCGGUUUCAGAAACCAGUGGAAGGACACCGCCUCUCUGUCCCAACCCAAAUAAGCAUUGUAGAAAAGUAGUUAGUAGUCAUAAUAGUAGUAACAUCGACUCGAGUAGAUUAGGUCGGGUUAACCCUUGUGACAAGUCGAAAUCUCCUGUAACUUGUAGAGAUCGAUGAGGGAAGAAGGUGCCUUUUGGACAUCGGUAUUAUAAAGUAUUUUUGUAUUCUAGAGGGAGGGAAAUAAUGAGUUGGGGAGGCACAGGGGCUUAGGGAGUGGUUGUAUGUAAUAUAUAUAUGUAUUGGCUUUUGGCUGUGUUCAAAACCACAAGGGGCCAUAAUUUUGUCACUCUCUUCCCCUUUAAUAUAAUGUAUGUCCAUUUCCUGUAA